AUGGCUGCGCUUCGAAACUUCCUGGUGCUUCUUUGUACGCUUCUAGUCGCCGUGCACCUGCCCGCGGCCGUGACGGCAGAUGUCGGGAACCCCAUUUUCGCCUCAAUCUUCGGGCAUGGCCUGCUCGGCUCGGGCAAGGCGCUUUCGGGAGACGUGCGCGAGGACGCGAAUGUGAGAGCGAUCCGUUAUAGGAUUCGCUCUCUUAUGGAGGACGGCGGCGAGGAGUCGGCCGAUUCAGGGGCUGUUCGCGGUGUGGCGACGGACGCCGUGCUCUCCGCGCUGCAGGGGGAAGGCGCGGACGCUGACGUGGCAGCGGAGAAUACGAGGAGGAUGCUGAAGAGGGAGAAGGGCGAGAAUAAGAAGAAGGACGAGGAGCAUGAUUGGAAGAAUGAGGAGAGGAGGGAUGAGGAGAACAAGCGGAAAGAUGAGGAGAAUAAGAGGAAGGACGAGGAGAAUAAGAGGAAGGAUGAGGAGAAUAAGAGGAAGGAUGAGGAGAAUAAGAGGAAGGAUGAGGGGAAUAGGAGGAAGGUUGAGGAGAAUGGGAGGAAGGACGAGGAGAAUAAGAGGAAGGACGAGGAGAAUGGGAGGAAGGACGAGGAGAAUAAGAGGAAGGACGAGGAGAAUAAGAGGAAGGACGAGGAGAAUAAGAGGAAGGACGAGGAGAAUAAGAGGAAGGACGAGGAGAAUAAGAGGAAGGACGAGGAGAAUAAGAGGAAGGACGAGGAGAAUAAGCGGAAGGACGAGGAGAAUAAGAGGAAGGAUGACGAGGAGAAUAAGAGGAAGGACGAGGAGAAUAAGCGGAAGGACGAGGAGAAUAAGAGGAAGGAUGACGAGGAGAAUAAGAGGAAGGACGAGGAGAAUGAGAGGAAGGACGAGGAGAAUAAGAGGAAGGACGAGGAGAAUAAGAGGAAAGACGAGGAGAAUAAGAGGAAGGACGAGGAGAAUAAGAGGAAGGACGAGGAGAAUAAGAGGAAGGAUGAAGAGGAGAAUAAGAGGAAGGAAGAGGAGAAUACGAGGAAGGACGAGGAGAAUAAGAGGAAGGACGAGGAGAAUAAGAGGAAGGACGAGGAGAAUAAGAGGAAGGACGAGGAGAAUAAGAGGAAGGACGAGGAGAAUAAGAGGAACUACUGCCCGUCGCGCUCUGCCAUCGCGCCUGCCGCGCGCCUACUGCCGCGCCCCGCCGCCGCGCCCUGUCGAGCUCGCUGCCGCGCGCCCUACCACGCCUGCCGCACCCUGACGCGCUCCCUGCCGCGCGCCUGCAGCGCGCCCUGCCACGCCCGUCGCGUGCCUGCCGCGCCCUACCGCGUGCCUGUCGCGUGUCCCGCUGCGCGCCUGCCGUGCGCCCUGCUGCACCCAGCCACGAGCCUGUGGCGCGCCUGCCGCGCGGCCGCCAUCGCGCCCUGCCGCCGUUUCUGCCGCGCGCCCUUCUGUCGCGCCUGCCGAGCCUACCGGCCGCGCCUGCAGCCGUGCCUGCCGCCGCUCCUGCCGCACACCUGCCGCCGCGACUGCCGCCGCGACUAUCGACGCCGUCGAGUCUGGGCUGCUGCCCGCCGCCAUGCCUGCAGCUAG